AGUCUCUAUCACCGUUACUAUCUUAACCUCCCCUCCAUAACGUAUACCAAAAUCAAAUCAGGACAUCGAGCACUUGCCAUCUCGACCUAAGCGAUAAUAUUUUAUUGUUCCAUUUCUUAAUGUUUAAACAUGUCCCAAAUCCGGCAACAGCCUCCAACUCGGAAAGGUCUAAUGCUCCAUCAACUCUAUUUUCGCUCAAUCCAAUGCCACCUGACACGCGUAUCGGGCCCGCAGUUGACGGCAUCAUUUUUUAUCGAAACGACCCCAUUAGGCAUACGUGUAUAGUUGAGCGGCAGAGUUCUAAUUCGCAAAAAUACGUCCUAAGCAUGAUCUGGCUUCCACUUAAGCCUGGCUACGAUGUUCUUAACUGUCAGAGCGCGGCAGCGCGGUUAUGGCAUGCGUCUCUCGAUUAUAUUCGUUGCAUUCGUGGCUGCGUUGAACUAUGUUGGGGUCAGGACAUCGAGGCGUCUGAACCAGCGUUGGUGUUGCUUAUACAGUGGGCGGCUGUUUGGGCAUGGAAAAGCUUCCAACAGUCGCCUGGCGUGUCGCUCAUUUCAGGCAUGCUUAGGGGAAAUCCACUUAACAGGACAGUUAAUCUCCACCCUGAAUACCUCUAUGGCCCCGAAAAGAUCAUGGAGAUUGUCUUUCUAUCUAUUGACCCGGGCACCGAAACUACUGUCAUCGAAGGGGAUCUAAUACAUCUGCAGGCUGCAGCUGUUAAGAAUACCAAAGUCGAUUACUACACAAAUAUAGCUGAGCGUUACGCAUCAUUCAAUCCCCUCUCUUCCGUCGGCCAGGAAAGAGCGAGGAAGCUGCCAGAUGUUUUGACAAGCCUAGCAAUCUGGAACGAAACAGACUACUACAAAGCCUCCAGCAACCAGGAUCUCACUAAUGCCGCCCAACUACUACUAUCAAAAUCCGUAUGUCUCACUAGAUUCUCAGCCAAGUUGUCUCGCGUGGACCUGGAUCCAGUGUAUAACUUCAGACCCUCGCCCGUCAUUGAAUGCACAGCACGAAGCACGGCCGAUCUCCUCGCACUCCCUCACUUCCGUCGACAGGGUAGCUUCCCAGGUGGCCUACGUACCAAAUCAUAUUCCUUCGCUCCGCGUAUGGGCGAGAUGAAUGAGUUUCACGAGUCGGUGCCGAUGUAUGCGCCUAUUAAGACAUCAGACAUUAGGAAGGCAGAGAAGUUAUGGGUGGGUGAGGAUACGAGACCGCUAGCUCUGGACAUGUUUGAAAUCAGAAUCGUGCCUACUUCCGGCAUGGUAAAAAAUGAGGACAUGAUUAUGCUCUCCAGUGAUCUCUUUGAUCAAGUUGAACAAUUGAGAAGGGAGAUAGAGUCCUACGAGGGUUGUCAAGCUGUUUUAGUUGCACAUGUGGACUCACUCACAUCAACGCCUAGUGUUGACAUAAAGACUGAUAUAUUUCAGCUGCUCGUCUUCUGGGCUGUCAACUCUCUGGCACUACCAACACAACGAGAAAAAUCUAGAAAGAGAGUCGCAGACGCUAUGGAGUUUACUUCUAAAGUGCAACCGCCCGUUUUGGUACACGAAAUGCCUGAUGUAUCACAUAUCUUUAAAACUGAGUCUCCAAAAAUGCCGGCAUACGAAAUUACGCACUUCUUCGUACCAACUGGAGACAAAGAUCUUUUUCAACAAGCCUUUAGUGACUAUACUAAAAUCAACAAGCUCGAGUACGGCCCACACAUUGUAGGAGGCUACGGACCUAAACCAAUGCAAAACUACGGCUGCGGCUGGUCCGUGGGCACUUUCUCUCGUGAUGGCCACAGUCAACAGAUGGCCUGCUAUACGAGCGUGAGAUGGUGGCGUUGUGCCUCCGAAGCGGCGGGGUGGUACGCCCAUUUCGUUAGCCAGGUUAAAGAAGGAGGAUAUGAGAGGAUGGGCUUCCAACUCGAUGCGCUGCGGUUGAUUGCUAGUGGGGGUGCGGAAUCGAGGUUUCUGACAAUAUUUGAACCAGUGAAGAAGAUGGAUUAGGGGAGGUAUGAGGGGAUACCCAUCUAUUCACUCGUGUUAUUAGAUUGGUUACUAGUACGCUUGCAUUUUGUCAUCUGUAGCCCUUAACGUCUUGGGCUGUAAAUCACGAAAUCUACAAUGCUCGAUGUAAAAGAUAUGUAUUUGC